AUGGCAGCAGCUGCACUAGCAGGUCUGGUGCUGGGUAUACUUCUCGGAACAGCCGCUUUGCUCUCGGCCGUCCUCGCCUGCGCCAAACGCUCCGAGUCCGAGUCGGAUUCGCUCCCACUCCACUCGCUCGCCAACACGCCUCCGGCAAAAAAGGACGAUCAGCCUGCUCAAGGAGACAGCAAAACCUCUCAGCAGAACAAAGAUGCAAAACCCGCCGCCGCCGCCAACAACAACAACAACAAUAAUAACCAGAACAACAACAAGAAAGGGGAGCAAGCCGGUACGGAAUGGUCGGGCGCGAAACUCUGGCAAGAGUACGUCGCCAAAGCAGGGACCGAUACGACUGGUCCGCAGUACGUAGUGUUCGAUGCAAAGACGGACAAGAUCGAGCUCAAACCAGCGCCAAAGAACGAUGCGCCCUUCUUAAAGGUUCAUGCAGAUGGUAAGGUGGAGUUGGUCGAUGCUGGGGGAGGGGGCACAGCUCAGCAAAAGGGCAGUGGUGGAAAUGGAGGCAAGCAACAGCAGCAGGGUGAGCAGAAGGGAAAAGACGAAGGCAAGAAGGACGAAAAGAAAGAUGAAGGCAAGAAGAACGAAAAAAAGGACGAGGGCAAGAAGGACGAAAAGAAAGACGAAAAGAAGGAUGAAAAGAAGGACGCAAAGAAGGAAGAAGCUCUCAAACAAGCUGGCAAUAAUGGACAGGGCAAGGAGAAGGAGAAAGCCGAAACCAAGCCUGCCGACACCAAAGACAACAAGGCCGACGACAAAAAAGCCGAUUCCAAGAAGGAUGGUCCUGCCGCCAAGACUGUUGCUGCAGAUCACACGGCCGGUUGUGAGGCGCAUACGCUGUCAUUGCAGGGUGCGGCGGAAAUUGUUCAAGGUCUGAAAGCACUCGGCGUCCUGUCGAAGGAGAUUACAAAAGGAGGCAAUUGCGCCGGAUGCCACGCCAAGCAUGACACUAUCGCCGCUGCUGCGGAAAGCAAACAUCGAAGCAGUGGUCAUCAUGCAUCUCACUGUCACGGGUGUCACCGACACCGACACCGCCCACUCGACCACCACUACCAUCACCAUCGUCAUGCACCACAUGCUGAUCUCCAUAGAUGUUGUCGCGACGAUUGGGAGACGACUUCGGUAUCCACAACAAUGACGACUGAUCUUGGUAAGUCGAGACCUUCGCCUCCUCUGUUCUCGCCCAUCGGAAUUCGAUACUGA